UAGCGUCGCUCUAAAGUCAAAAGCGAAAGGCAAAACGUCAAAUUUACUUGAUUAUACUAAAAAAUUUAAUAACAUUAACUGUUCUAGGAAUAAACAAAAGCCCACUUAAAAUCAAGUGUUUCCUUAAGAAUAAUUCCUUCAUCUUAAACUUAUAGUAACGUAAGACAAGCGUAGUGUUUAUCAGUAAACGUGUAAUGGAGUAGAGUGAAGUUCGUGUCGUGUGAUCACCUCGUACGUGUAUUAUGGCUCAAAGAUUUCCUCCCGGUGGGCCUCCUGUCGGUCCGAGCGGGCCCGGCGGGCCGGGUGGGCCGGGGCCGGGUCCCGGGCCGGGCCCGGGCGGGCCAGCGGGCGCGGCGCUGCCGCCGCAGCCGCGGUAUGCGGGGGCUGCGCCGCCGCCCAACGCCAUGCCGCCGCGGCCCUAUCCUGGACCUAAUUUUCCGCAACGCAGCGGCUUCACCCCACCACCUGUCUCAGCCGGCGGCACGCCGCGCCCCGCACCAUACGGCGGAGCCCCGCACGUUCCGCCGCAUGCGCCGCCCCACGCGGCGCCACACGCGCCCCCUCACGGCGGCGCCCCGCAUGCGCCCCCGCACGGCGGCGCCCCGCACGCGCCCCCGCACGGCGGCGCCCCGCAGGCCGGCGGGGCGCUGCGCCCGGCGCCCGGCCCCGCGCCGCCCGGCGGCAAGCGCCCGCCGGAUAACCGGAGCCCGCUGCCGCCACAACAUAAACCGCCUAAUAUGUACAAUAACGAGUACGCAGCUGGCGGCGGCAAACGGAAGAAGCGUCUAGCGGACAAGAUCCUCCCCCAGAAGGUCCGAGACCUGGUCCCCGAGUCCCAAGCCUACAUGGACCUGCUGGCCUUCGAGAGGAAACUGGACGCAACCAUAUUGAGAAAGAGGCUGGAUAUUCAGGAGGCGCUGAAGCGGCCUAUGAAGCAGAAACGAAAGCUGAGGAUCUUUAUAUCAAAUACUUUCUACCCAGGUCAGGGCGACAAUGCGGUGGCAUCUUGGGAGCUCCGUGUAGAGGGGCGCCUGCUCGACGACGCCAAAGGAGACCCUGGCAAGGUUCCGCAGGUUAAACGCAAAUUCUCAUCGUUCUUCAAAUCACUGGUGAUCGAAUUGGACAAGGAGCUAUACGGCCCCGACAACCACUUGGUGGAGUGGCACCGCACUCUCACCACGCAAGAAACUGAUGGAUUCCAGGUGAAACGCCCCGGCUAUAAGAACGUGCGUUGCACUAUCUUACUCCUGCUGGACUAUCAGCCGUUGCAGUUCAAGUUGGAUGGGCGUCUGGCCCGUCUACUCGGCGUCCACACACAAACAAGACCUGUCAUUGUGAACGCACUGUGGCAGUAUGUGAAGACACACCGUUUGCAGGAUCCUCAUGAACGCGAAUGGGUCGUCUGUGACAAGUAUCUGGAGCAGAUCUUCGGCUGUGCACGUAUGAAGCUUGCCGAGGUGCCAGGGCGCCUGGCAGCUCUACUGCACGCGCCGGAUCCCAUCGUGAUCAACCACGUGAUCGGUGUGGAGGCCCCGCACGACGCCAAGCAGACCGCCUGUUACGACAUCGAUGUAGAAGUUGAUGAUACACUGAAGUCCCAGAUGAACAGCUUCCUGCUGAGCACGGCCAACCAGCAGGAGAUUCAGGGGCUCGACUCCAAGAUACACGAGACGGUGGAUACGAUCAACCAGUUGAAAACGCAUCGUGAGUUCUUCCUCUCAUUCAGCAAGGACCCUCAACAGUUCGUGCACAAGUGGCUCGUGUCGCAGUCUCGUGAUCUUAAGACGAUGAACAGUGGCGGCGGCAAUCCGGAGGAGGAGCGUCGUUCAGAGUUCUACGCGCAGCCGUGGGCCGGCGAGGCCGUCGCGCGCUACCUGGCCGCGCGCCUCGCGCAGCGCCGCCAGCAACUAGACGCCGCCCUCGCUCCGCAUCUCACUAGACUGUAGAAGCGUAUAACACACAAUGUGUUAGAUCUUAUAAGAAUAAACGGUUUUGUAAUCAUGUCAAA